UUUGUCUGUCCCGAGACUAUAUCCCUUGCCCCUAUCUCAGUGGCCAUGCCCACCAGCCAAGUGGCUAGACCAUCAACCUGACCUUCACACAAUACGCGCUCUGUUAGACAGCAAGUCCAAGUCAGCCAUCAUGAGGCUCCGCCAUUCGUUACUGCUGCCCAUCGGGCUCUGCCUCUUCCUCCUCGCGGUCGAUGCCGCCAUCACCAUGGGACUGGUGUCCUCCAUGGUCUCCUUCCUGCACCAUAACGGCCGCGGCCCCUUUGCCGUCGCACCCGCAGACGGAUCCCCGUUCCCACUCACCGGCUUGCCGGCAAAUCUAGUCGUUGACCAAGGCCACACGGCCAACGCAGCCGGCGGAACAGCCCUGAUCCUGAUCGGCUUCGGCGGGAGCAUCGCAUUGUGGCUGGAGCGACGGUCACGGAAGAAGUGGGACCGAUCCUCCCCGUUCUUCCACAUCUGGGCCGUCUUCGUCCUGCUCAGCUGGCUCCUCACCAUGGUCGCCCUCAUCUACACUUUCGUCGAGACGGCCAAGACGGGCGGCCAGGUCAUCGACCUCAGUGUCGCCCGCGCGAACCCGCCCCCGGCCAGGUACCCCGACGGCAGGUGGACGCCCGAGAACUGGUAUGCCGCCGUGCUGGACCUGCCGCUGGCGAGCGCGGCUCAGCGGAGGGUCAUCAAUGGCAACCUGACCAUCAUGCGGGCGUGGCGGUGGAACCUGGUCCCGCUGUUUAUCCUGGGGUUUAUACUGCUGAGUCUGGUGGUAGUGGAGUUGCUGAGGAUGCGGCGGAGGGAUGCGCAGCCUGUGUCGAUGGUCGAGGUGCUUGCUGGACCGUUCAAGCGGCCCAGCUCGCGAGGGGGGGUUGUACACUAGAAUGUCGAGGUUUCAGGGCGGCUGUCGCGCGAUUGCUUUCAGUUGAUUGCUUUCAGGAUACCAAGUCUGUUGUCUCGAGGGGCCAAACAUGUCUCAUCUCAUUCUAUAAUUCAAUAAUCACUGGUUGGAAGCUUUCAUCUACCGUGAUUUCUUAUCCCAUAUAUUUCUGGGACCCGCUAUCUACAU